GUCCAAAACCAGCUGCUACCAGUCUACCGGAUGGCGUACACAGAAUAGCGCUGUGGACGCAGAAUAAUUCAACACCUGUUCACCAUAACUCGGGGAUUUGCUCUGUCCCUUCUCAGCUAUUCUCUUUGUUGGAUGCAUUUUAUGUAUUAGUGUCCCUUCUUCCACUAUUGAUCGCUCACCGGAAAACUGUUCUCGAAUUCCGAUCAUCCGUCCCCUGUCGUUGCGCUAUAUUCAUAUACUCUCCGUGUUUUGACGCCUUGGAUUGAUUGUUAAUCGCUGAAGAUGGCGUCCUCUGCUCUAAUCUGUGCUUCUCAGCCGUGGAAUGAUUUGAAAGUCCAUGUGGAUGAGAUCAACAAGACUCAUUUGCGCUGCCUGAUGAGUGAUGUGGAACGCUGCAAGUCUAUGAUGGUGGAGUUCGAUGGGAUUUUUCUGGACUAUUCAAGGCAGCGAGCUACUCUUGAGACUAUGAAGAGGCUCUUGAAUUUGGCUGAGGCUGCACAUCUCAAGGAGAAGAUUAGCAGGAUGUUCAAUGGGGAACAUAUAAACAGCACGGAGGACAGAUCCGUGCUUCAUGUAGCACUGCGUGCUCCCAGGGCUGCUGUCAUAAAUAGUGAUGGGAAGAAUGUGGUUCAUGAUGUCUGGCAAGUUCUUGAUAAGAUUCGAGAUUUCUCCGAUAGAAUUCGCAGUGGUGCCUGGGUUGGAGCCACGGGGAAAGAAUUGAAAGAUGUUGUAGCUAUUGGUAUAGGAGGGAGUUUCUUAGGUCCUUUAUUUGUGCACACUGCCCUUCAAACAGAGCCAGAGGCAAUGGGAUGUGCAAAAGGGCGCCAACUGCGUUUUCUAGCAAAUGUUGACCCGAUUGACAUUGCCAGGAACAUAACAGGCUUAAAUCCUGAAACCACCCUAGUUGUUGUGGUGUCAAAGACCUUUACGACUGCUGAGACUAUGUUGAAUGCUCGGACAAUGAGAGAAUGGAUCUCAUCUGCUUUGGGCCCUCAAGCCGUUGCCAAGCAUAUGGUUGCUGUUAGCACUAACCUUACACUUGUUGAAAAAUUUGGCAUUGAUCCUAAGAAUGCAUUUGCAUUCUGGGACUGGGUUGGAGGCCGCUAUAGUGUUUGCAGUGCUGUUGGAGUGUUGCCUCUUUCUCUGCAAUAUGGUUUUCCUAUUAUUGAGAAAUUUCUGAAGGGAGCUUCAAGUAUUGAUCAGCAUUUUUCUUCCACCCCUUUUGAAAAGAACAUACCUGUGAUCUUAGGCUUGUUGAGCAUAUGGAAUGUCACAUUCCUUGGAUACCCUGCUAGAGCUAUUUUGCCGUAUUCUCAAGCUUUGGAAAAGUUCGCGCCACAUAUACAACAGGUUAGCAUGGAGAGUAAUGGGAAAGGUGUAUCUAUUGAUGGUGUACCUCUUCCAUAUGAAUCUGGUGAAAUUGAUUUUGGUGAACCUGGGACAAAUGGACAACACAGCUUUUACCAACUAAUCCACCAGGGCCGUGUUGUUCCUUGCGAUUUCAUUGGUGCUGUCAAGAGUCAGCAACCUGUAUACCUGAAAGGCGAAGUGGUCAGUAACCAUGAUGAGCUCAUGUCGAACUUCUUUGCACAGCCUGAUGCCCUUGCUUAUGGGAAGACUCAAGAACAGUUAGAAAAGGAGAAUGUUCCUCCUCAUCUCGUGUCUCACAAGACAUUUUCAGGCAACAGACCUUCACUAAGCUUACUAUUCCCAUCACUUGAUGCUUAUAAUAUUGGGCAGUUGUUAGCAAUCUAUGAACACCGGGUUGCUGUGCAAGGCUUUGUAUGGGGUAUCAACUCCUUUGACCAAUGGGGUGUGGAGCUAGGAAAGUCAUUGGCUACACAAGUAAGAAAGCAACUAAACGCAUCCCGCAAGAAUGGAGAACCCAUUGAAGGCUUUAAUUUCAGCACCAAAACAAUGUUAUCAAAAUAUCUGGAGGCAAGCUCUUAUAUUCCUGCUGAUCCUCCAACUGCUCUACCCAAGAUUUAACUGCUUUCAGUUUAUCCCAAAACUAGAAAUCGAGUUCAUUAUUAUUAAUAAUAUUAUUUUAUACUUACUACUACUGUGUGCGUAAAAUAAUUUCACAGUUUUGUAUUGUAAAAAUCAUUUGUGUUACGUUCUUGCUCAACUUGUGAAGAGUAGUGUUAAAUAAGGAAGAAGGAUAUCUUCUACAUAUAUCAGUCCACGGUUAAAAAAGAUUAACCAAUUAAUCUGGGCAACCUGUUAUAAGAUUUGGUACACUACAUGCAUUUUAUAUAGCCAAGACUCAAGAGGAAAGGUAUGAUGUUAAAAGAAAUAAUGAUGAGUAUACUUGUAACUUUGUAAGAUACGAUUGCUGUUAUAUUUGUGUGGGAAAGCAUUUUCGUAAUUUCGUUGUAAACCAAAUUAAUGAUCGAAUAGGGAUGUUUGGCCGUAACUUGUUUAAAUAUAGUUCGGUUUAGUUUGAUUAAUGUUUG